AGAGAGUCUGUUGUUUAACAGUCAUUCGGUUUGAAACGGCAAAGCAAGCAUUUUCUAACUGACGGAAUAACUUGGGGAACGAGAGAGUGGGAGCCUGCAUAGACAUAUAAAACAGAUGUCCUCCGAUGAAGAUGAACCAACCAGUCCUGAUCUGCCCAAGGACUCUGAUCCGGGCAGCUCUGUCUCCUCUGAUCUUCAGGAUGAGUAUGAGGAGCUCCUCCGCUAUGCUGUUGUCACCCCGAAGCUUGACAGGAUCACCAGUGCUCACUUGCAGCGGCGGAGCACCUCACAUCUGUCGGAAGAGGGUCGGGCUUCCCAGAGAAAAGAGGACACAAAAUCACUCCGCCCAGCAGAUACUGCCACUGAUGCUAAAGAUGGGAGGCAUUCCAGCAGGAGUGUGAGAUCAUCACAGGUCUCCCCCUUGAUUGUUGAGCCCUCCAUACGUUUAAGAGCCUCUCAUGCUGAGGAGAUGGCAGGUCGGUCAUCUAGCAGGGUGUCAAUACUCUCAAACACUCCCUUAGACAGGUUACAGACCGUGUCUGAGAGGUCUAGGCCAAGCAGCCCGCAACCACCCGAGUUCGAUGUGACAGAGAUGUUUAUCUCAGAGGAAAACAUAAGCAAGAUGGAGAACAUUCUAGACACUUGGAGCCACAACCUGAAGUCAAAUGUGCUGACUGAGCUCAGGAAGUGGAAGCUGGCCUUCAUGGAGCAACACAAGCUGGAGAUGAGGAAAGAGAGGGAGAGAUAUGCAGCCCAGACAGCUGACCUGAGAUCAGAGCUAGACAGCCUGAAGGGGCUGCUACACACCUAUGAGACUUCCAAUCAGAGAAAAGAUGAGGUGAUUUUGAACCUGAGCCAGGUGUUGGACAGACAAAAAGAAAAGCAUGAAAAGAUGAGGGUCUUCACCCACUGGAGAAUCCAGCACACUGAGGCCAAAGAGGAGGCUCGCGCUGCUCAGUUAGCACAGCAGCACUACAACUUGCAGCUGAAGAAGAAGGUGUGGUUAGGCUGGCAGUCUCUGAUCCAAAAACACUGGAAGGUCAAGGUGGAACGGGCUUGCCGUGCGAGGGCUGAAGAGGUCUGCACCCAUCUGUCUGCAGAGUACGAGGCCAAGCUGGCAGAGCACUGUGUGGCCAUAGAGAAGGCCCAGGCAGAGAAUCAGAGACUCCGACUAGAGCGCGAGCGCUAUGAAGAAUCGAUGAAGAAAGCCUUCAUGAGGGGCGUGUGUGCCCUCAACAUGGAGGCUCUCGGCAUGUUUCACACUACAGAGGGACGGCCAGGGCAACCUUCAGUUCAUGAUCAGCAUGAUACUCUGCCUCCAGAGGAUGAGUCUACAUUAGCUCAACUUCAUCCAUAUCCCAUCUCUUCCACACAGUUUAGUCCAGCCCACUUUGACCGCCCAGAUCCUUCCCACAGCCAAGUAGAGGAUCUGAUAGGCUCCGGUGCCCCUGUGUCGAGGGCAGAGGUGAUCCCUCCCACUACACUCGUGCACAGCUCCCUCCCACUUGGGGGCACUGCAAGUUCCCACAAACAGGUGAGCGGCCGUGUCAUCACAGCCAGUCAACAAAAACCCUCAAAGACUGUAACGGCUCGCAUCACUGCACGCACUGACGUUGGUAAGGCUGCACGCAGCAACCUCCAGGUGAUGAGUGUGGCUCCACCCAUGAGCUCUGUGAUUGUUGAACGCCAUCAUCCUGUUACACAGCUCACUAUCGGUCAGGCCACGGCUUCUAAGUUUCCUCGCUCCUCCCAACUGGGCCAAAGCACCACCGGAGACAGAAGCUCCUCCAGAACACACACCAGCACGUGCCAUGUACACUCUAUCAAAGUAGUGGACUGACCACACACUUAUAUCUCUCAGAAGGUGUUGCUCAACAAGUCUAUAUUUCAUUCUAUGCAGCUAUGGUUACGGUUGUAUUAGUUUGGAUUUGCCCUCGCUCUCUGCAUUUGAAGUGAACAUUAGAUUUAUUUUCAGCUUCCUAUCAUGAAUGUGCAUGGUGUCUUGAGCAAUAGUAUUUUUCUCAGGAAAGGGCUUCAUAGAUACAGGGAAAUGUACGUGUGAAUGUUUUUUUUUUUAUUAUUACCAGCUGGACAGAGUUUAGAGUUACAAAAUGGACAUUUAUUUCUAUGAAAAAAAUGACUGAACAGAAUAGUUUCACUUGUGCAUGAUUUAAAAUUUUAAAAAGUAUUUAUUGUAUAAUUUUUUCUCUAUCGAGAGCGACCGUCCAAAACCACAGGUUGAUUGUUUUAAUACACCAAAGCCAUAUGUUACUGAUCAAAAUAAAUUAUUUUACUACUCACUUUCAGUAGUUAAAAAUGUAA